UCUGCGGCCACACUAUCACACUGUAUCGAUUCGGAGCUGGUCCAAAUUUUUUGCAAGUAUAAGCCCGAAAAUGCGCAUCACGGCGCAGGAGGCCGAAUGAAAGUGCUCCUCCGCGACCCGGACACAAGCAACUACCAUGGAAAUACCCAUUCAGGUGGCCGUGCGCAUUUACCCGCACAGGGAGCUCAAGGACUCGAAGGCGAGCUUCUCCCCUGCGGAUAUUAAGAGGGAUGUAGAGGCGGAGGACGAGGGGGCCGACUCCAAGGACACUGCGGAUGAAGUGGCGGGGGCGCAAAAGGAUACCCCCGAGCGUACGGAUUCAAAUGGGAAUGCCGAGGAGGACAGUGCAACGGAACCGAAGCCAACCACCGAUGCCAAUGGCAAUGAUAACGAACCUAGGGAUUCCCCCGAGCCAGCAUAUUGCGUCCAAGCCAUUCCCAUUAGCGCCUCUGCCCUGGGACUGCCUAGUGCCCUGCCAGGCGGGGAUCCCAUGGACAGCAUUGCGGCGGGACUCAUUCAAGUGGGUCCCCACUCAGUGCCCGUCACCCACGCCCUGGGCAGCAGUAGCUCCCAGGAACAGGUGUACCACCAGACGGUCUUUCCGCUGAUUACCCUGUUCCUGGAGGGCUUCGACGCAUCCGUGGUCACGUACGGCCAGCGCGGCCAGGGCAAGAGCUACACCCUCUACGGAAAUGUCCUGGAAAGGGACCGAAAGGACGUCGCCGAAGGAGUCGUCCAUCUGUGCGUCCGAGACAUCUUCUCGCACAUAUCGUCGCACCCAGAACGCACUUAUGCCAUAAACGUGGGAUUCGUUGAAAUUUACGAAGGCGAAGUCUGCGAUCUUUUGGGCAUGGGGAACAUACACUGCAGCAAUGUGGAUGCCGUUUUCCACUGGCUGCAGAAGGGUCUCUCAGCCCGUCAGUCCUUGCCCGCUCAUACUCUAUUCACGCUCACGCUGGAGCAGCAGUGGGUGUCCAAGGAGGGGCUGUUGCAGCACCGUCUCUCCACGGCGAGUUUCUCGGAUCUGUGCGGCACCGAGCGCUUUGGUGAACCACCACCCGGACGUCCCCGCGAUACAGGCCUGUAUAUGCUAGAGCAGGUGAUCAGCACUCUUACGGAUCCGGGACUCAUGUACGGGGUCAAUGGCAAAAUUCCGUAUGGCCAAACUAUGCUCACCACUCUGCUGAAGGACUCGUUCGGUGGGCGAGCUCAGACGCUCGUGAUCAUGUGUGUGUCGCCGCUGGAGGAACAUCUGCCCGAGACCCUGGGCAACCUGCAGUUCGCCUUUAAGGUGCAGUGCGUGCGCAAUUUCGUCAUCAUGAACACCUACUCCGACGACAACACGAUGAUCGUGCGGCCGCAAGAGCCUCUUCCAGAGUCCAACCCCGCCGCAGGGCUCUUAGCGCAGGCGGGGCAGGGUGACAACUUCGGCCUGCAAUUUGCUGCCAGUCAGUGGUCCAAGCUUGUGACCAACGCCGAGGGGCUGUUUGCCAGGCUCAUGGACUCCAAGUUAAUCAGUGAAGUGGAGAAGGAGCAGAUCGAGGAGUGGCUGUACCUAAAGCAGGAAUGCGAGGACUGUCUCAGCUCAACGGAGGCUAUGCGCCAGCAGAAGCAUCUGGUUCCCAUUCAGGAGGCCGAGGAGGAGGAAAUAAAUUCAGAAGACGCAAAUUCCGAGCCGGCGAACUCUGAGCCGCCAAACUCAGACAACGAAAACGACACGGACAAUGAGUCGCAGCGUCCCGAUAUGGACGACAAGAUAGAUACCCUGAUGGAAGAGUUUCGCGACAAGACAGACGCGCUUAUUCUUGAGAGGCAUGCCGAUUACCUGGCCAAACACCCAAAGGCGGUGAUGCAAAGUCAGGAACGGGAGAAUGAACCUCCGCCGCCGCCGCCGCCAGCAGAAAACGGCGAGGAUCGCAAGACCAGCAUAGGCGGUCGGAGGAGAAGCAUUCAGCCAGGCGCCAGCUUGAGUACUGCAGAGCUGGCCAUGCUCAAUCGAGUAGCCUCCCAGCAGCCGGCUCCGCCCAUCGACCCCGAGUCGGUCGUCGAUCCUCUGGAGAGUUCCUCGGGCGAGGGACUCCGUCAGGCAGCCCUUGCCGCCGCCGCUGCCAUUGCUCCCAUCGAACAGCUGCAAAAAAAGCUGCGGAAAUUAGUCGCCGAGAUUGAGGGCAAACAGCGCCAGCUACGGGAAAUCGAACAGACAAUUAAGGUGAAGCAAAACAUCAUCGCCGAAUUGGUCAAGAACAGCGACACGCGUAGCCACGCCAAGCAGCGGUUUCACAAGAAGCGGGCCAAGCUGGAGGCCGAGUGCGACAAGGCCAAGAAACAGCUGGGUAAGGCUCUAGUGCAGGGGCGGGAGCAGCCGGAGAUCGAGCGCUGGACCACCAUAAUCGCGCACCUCGAGCGUCGCCUAGAGGAUCUUAGCUCCAUGAAGCACAUUGCCGGUGAGAGUGGUCAGAAGGUGAAGAAGCUUCAGCAAUCGGUAGCCGAGUCACGAAAACAGGCCGAUGAUCUGGAAAAGAAACUUCGCAAGGAGGGCAAGUUGCGAACUCAAAUGGAAGCAGAGCUGGCCAAACUGCGAGAAUCCCGAGAAACCGGAAAAGAGCUGGUAAAGACCCAGGCGGAUUGUCCAGAGCAGCAUGGCCGGCAGUUAAAGGCGGUGCAGGCCAGGAUCACGCACCUCAACCACAUUCUGCGCGAGAAAUCAGAUAAUCUGGAGGAGCACCCUGGACCAGCGCAGCAAGAGAGCUUGCGUCACGAGAUCCGCAACCUGCGCGGCACUCGCGAUUUGCUGCUGGAGGAGCGCUGCCACCUGGAUCGCAAGCUCAAGCGGGACAAGGUGCUGACUCAAAAGGAAGAACGCAAGUUGCUCGAGUGCGACGAGGCCAUCGAGGCCAUAGACGCGGCCAUAGAAUUCAAAAACGAGAUGAUCACGGGUCACCGUUCCAUCGAUACCAGCGAUCGGGUUGAGCGGGAGAAGGGCGAGCAGAUGUUGAUGGCCCGAUUGAAUCGGCUCUCGACGGAGGAGAUGCGCACGCUUCUGUACAAGUACUUCACCAAGGUGAUAGAUCUGCGCGACUCAUCCCGAAAACUGGAGCUGCAGAUGAUCCAGUUGGAGCGCGAGCGUGAUGCUUGGGAAUGGAAGGAGCGCGUGUUGUCGAAUGCAGUGCGCCAGGCUAGACUGGAAGGGGAGCGAAAUGCCGUACUGCUGCAGCGCCAGCACGAGAUGAAACUCACCCUGAUGCUGCGCCACAUGGCCGAGGAAACUUCGGCUAGCUCGGCCAGCUACGGAGACCGGGCGCUGGCCCCCGCCACUGGCGCCCCAGUGCAAGCGCAUAGCGAUUUCGACUACGAUGAUUUCUACAAGGCGACCGGCAGCAAUCCCGGCAAGGCGCUGGUCAAAGCGCCAAAGCCGCUGCCCACUGGCUCGGCGCUGGACAAGUACAAGGACAAGGAGCAACGCAGUGGGCGCAACAUCUUCGCCAAGUUCCAUGUACUCACCAGGUAUGCGUCAGCUGCUGCAGGCGGUUCCUCAGGCUCCACGGCCGAAGAGUCCACGGCCUUGAUUGAGUCGACCACUACGGCCACGGCAACUACUACAACCACCACUUCAACUACUACGGGAGCCGUGGGUAAAGUUAAGGAAAAGGCCCUGGUCAGCUUUAGGCCAGAGCAGCUCAAGCGACUGAUGCCAGCUCCAACGGCCACCAAGGUGACGCGGCAGAAGAACAAGAUUAUUAUACAGGACGCCAGCCGUCGUAAUUAAAAACGAAUUUAAUCAUUUCCAGGGCGAUUUUAUCAGGUUAAGCCAAAUAGCCAUAGGUCAUGUGUAGCCUCAGAUCGAGAACUAGCCAUUGGAUUACAAAGGCGUCCUUCCUUUAGAUAAUAUUCGUAAAUGUUUAUAUGUCAGCUAGAAAUUGUUUUGCAUUUGUACGGAAGUAUGUUGGCCAAACCAACCAAACCUCCAUAAUUAUUAUUUAGACAAUUGUCGCCUGCGGUUCUUUAAUGGUUAGAUCUCGAUGAGGCACUGAAAUGCGUGGCAAGAAAACUCAUAGCCCGGCCACAAGUACUGAACAAGUUUCGUCCACAGUCAUGACACAAAUAGACUCGACAUGGUUCUCAUUCUGACUCUUUAGCUGGAGAGCAUUUAUUUUACAAACCUUUACACAUUAACCUAGCAUAUGACAGCAACUAUCCUCAUGAGAUUCAAAUGUAAAGACUUGACCUGCUACCAAGAUACUCGCAAAACCAACCAUAAAUACAACUCGCUCAAAGUGUGGACCUUCGUUCAUCAUUUAACUUGUACAUAACCUUAUUGUGUUAGUUAACCAUUUAGUUUUAAUUGAUUUUGUUAGUUUUAGGUUAGUUGUAAACACUAUUGUGUCUUCCUUCGAAUUUUACUUGACAUAUGUUACUAUCCGAAAUACUCGUACUCGAUUAUCACAGUGUUAACUUUUAGGAACUUUACCAACAGCAUUUACCCUGUACAACCUAAAUAUAUACUCAGUAAUCGUGCUAAGAUCAAAUACUUAUGUUUCACUAAAAUUUAAAUGCUAAACUUAUUGGUUGUGUAUGAUGAAUUUUUUGUUGGCGAAUCGGAUAUUUGUAGUUAUGAUAUAUUGCGGAAUAUUUCGAUUAUAUAUACGGAUGCAUUCUUAAAAUGACAUUAUUAUAUGUACUUACAAUAUCAAUUUGUACAAUUGAAUAUCAAUUUAUCCCACUGAAAACGCUCGGCAUUGCUUUGGUGCGGAUAUUGUUGGAUACGCAAAUAAAUAUAUAUGAACAUAAUUAAUCCCUA